AUGAGUGAAACCGACGAUACUGACCUUCUUGUUCAAAUACCACCAAAAUUCUUCCUCGAACAAAGUUCUGACUCAGAAAACUCUUUGCUGGAGUCAUCGCGUACAGUCGUACACAAACCGGUUUCAUGCACGGCUCAUGUUUUAGGAAGACUAGUCAAUCAAGUGCAUUCUCUUGAGUCUAGGUUGGAAAACUUGGAGCUAGAUUCUACCACUACCUUAAGUGUCAAUUCACUAAGAAGAAAGACGUGGGACUCUGAUAGUUUCGAAAAACAUAGUAUAGAUAGAAAAUGUUUUACUUUUCCGCGACGUCGACGACGUAAGGUUAUUAAAAGCGACAAAGCAAAAAAAAAUUCACUGACGAGUCUUGACACUAUUGAUACUGGAAAAGACACAAACUUAAAAUUUGAAUACAAAAGGUUCCAACAACCAAAUGAUACUCAAAGUAUGGAUGGUGAUAUAAGCAGUAUAGUAUCCACUCCAAGUAAGAAGAAUGACAAGUUGUUAUUAAACGAGAUUGACGAAUUUCUCACCAAAGUUGAGUCCUAUGAAACACCAGAAACUAGAAUAAAGCCUGAGGAAACAAUUACUGAAAAUGUAAUAGGAGCUACUAGUGACUAUAUGACUAACAAAUAUGAUCUAAAAAAUAACAUAGAUUUGUCAUUGAACAGUGAGAAAACAGUUCCUCCUAAUAUUUUACAUAAGUAUAUAUAUUUAGUUAAAGGUAAUACUAAUGAUUUAUCUACUGCAAAAGGUAAAUCACAAGAUGCAGCAAAUCACUUGGAAAAGCAUGAACGGUCACCCACCAUUCGUAAACUAAAUUUCUCAGACAAGGAUAUCCAACCAACAUCUACUCCAAAACGUUCACAGUCCAUAAGUUACUCUGAAUUCAAACCAUCAACUACCAAAAUAUAUGAUAGAGCAUCGAAAGUCUUAGAGCAUUAUAAGUCUCAAAAUUACAGUAAGGAAUAUCAGACAUCCACAGAAGAUGGUAGUGUAAAGAAAGAAGAUUUUAAAAUGCCACAAUUAAGGCCUUUUGACUAUGAAAAUAGGGAACGAUUGAAGAUUCAGUUAGAUUCUAUAGAUACAGAUUUGUUAAGCUUAAGUGAACUAUGGGGAGAGAAAAUUGAGAAGGGGGAAAGAUCAGACAACAUCAAGUUAGAAGAAGAACGUUUGAAGCGAGAGCACUGUGAAGCCAUGAUUCAACAAUUGCAAAGAAAAAUGUUAGAGCAACAAGAAAAAUUGGCUGUUGCUAUCAAAGUUGAUAAAGCCAAGGAUGCUGCAAUAUCAAAGUUACGUGAAUCCUGGUUAAAACUCACAUGUAGCCUAGAUAAAGCAGAAGAGAGACAUCGAAGUGCUCUCGAGAAAAUGAUGCGGGAAGUAGAUAACUUUAAGUUGGUAGCUGAAGAUGCUCAGAAGAAAACAAAUCAUUUUGAAUCAGAACUGUACAAAGCUUUGAAUUUGGCCCAUGACUAUCAAGAGAAAUGUAAACAACUGUCAGCUGAAAAGAAGGAAAUGCAAGAAUGCUUAGAGAAAGGGCUUGCAAGUAAGGAUGAGGUGGUGAAGAACAAAGACAGAGAGAUUGAUGUGUUUAAGGAGAAUUAUGAAAUGGUAAUGAGGCUGAAUAAACAGUCUACUGACUGUGUGAAGAAUCUUGAAGAGGCGGUAGAAAAGGAAAAAUAUGAGCAUGAAUUAACAAGGAGUAGACUGAAUGAAUUGAACCAAAAACUUCAAGCUUUAGAAGAGACUAAAAAUUUAGUUGAGCAAGAUAGAGAUGUUGUAAAAGUAAAAGUUAAUGAGGAGAGAUCGAGAUGCAACAUCUUGGAACAACAGCUAUGUGAUAGUCAAAAUCAGCUUAGUGAAUUGUUGAGGAAAUGUGAUACCCUCGACAACGAGACAAAAUCCCUCCGCAAACAUUUAGAACUGCAAAAGACAGAGCUAAAGAAUCAUUACCAGCAGCAGCUGGAAGAAGCCGUUUUAGGGAAGUUGCAGGAGUUUCAACGACAGCUGGAAAUGGCUGAAAGGGAUAUGGAUAGCGCUGCGAGGAGUAAGGAACAUGGAAUUGUCGAUAGCUUUAAUAAACAAAUCGCUCGGAUAGAAGAACAACAUCGUUUAGAAAUAAACGUGCUUGAAGAGAAGCAGCGGGAGGAAAUCAAGCUUUGUCGGCUGCAGCUUGCGCAGGCGCAUGAGAAGAUCGGCUUGCUUGAGAGCAAGCUGGAUAAUUACCGACGAAAACGCGGCGAAUUGGCGUCGCAAUUGCACGGCGUGAUGGAAGCGCAAUGGAGACAGGCCUUGAGGAUAUUGACAUUGCCCACUCAUAGGGGAGAGUUGGACAGGACUGAUGCUAUGUGUACCCCACACCCGCAUGAGUAUGUCCCACCCAAGAUACCCCCCUUAACAAUGCCAAGUGAGAAAUUACUAAGAGAUGACAGACCGCAGGGUCUUUCACACUCGCGGGACCUCAAUUUUGAAGAUCUUAGCGAUACUGAACUACAACAUUACGUCAAAAUGCUUUUAACAAAACCACCAAAUUUCGACGUGAGUGAGCAAUCUAGAGAUAGACAAUUCAAUGAACCGCCAACCAGUGAUCGCGCUAACCGAUCGGAUUUAAUGGAAAAGUUUGACCGACUUGACAAAAAAGAUAGAAAACACUCUAACAAACCACCUUGGAAGUCGUAA